ACAAAAGGUUCCAUCUGAUAUAUCAGAACAUAUAGCAAUUUAGAUUCCGGACAUGACUCUUACCCCAUGGCUACUCUUUCUUCUCCUUGUCGUCUUCUCCAAUCCCUUGGUCGCCUCUCCUUCUUCUUCUGCGAGCCGUUACAUUAUUCAAGUGGAAGAGCCAACUGAACCGUUGUCGGAAGGGAGCCUGAAGAGGUGGCACGAAUCUUUCCUGCCGCCGGCCGUCGAGCAGUCUAGCGUCGAUCGGCGGCUACUGCACUCGUACAGCGAUGUAUUCAGCGGGUUCGCCGCCAUGCUGACGGAGGAAGAGCUACAGGAGAUACGGAAGAAGAAUGGCUUUGUGCGCGUGUUCCCCGACCGAGUGCUGCACGUAAUGACCACCCACACUCCGGAUUUCCUCGGGCUCAAGGUCGGGAGUAAGGGGCUCUGGGACGACUCGAAUCUCGGGAGCGGAGUCAUCAUUGGAGUUCUCGACACCGGCGUGACGCCCGGCCACCCUUCCUACGACGACGAGGGGGUCCCGCCUCCACCCUCGACGUGGAAGGGAUCCUGCGACCUCAAGACCGGUUGCAACAACAAGCUCAUCGGAGCCAGGUCGAUGAUCACCGGUUGGCGUCACCCCAUUGACGAGGGCGGCCACGGGACCCACACUUCCGCCACGGCUGGUGGUAACUUCGUCCGAAACGCGAGCUACUUCGGCUUCGCCAAAGGCACGGCCGCCGGAAUGGCCCCUCGGGCUCACCUCGCCAUCUACCAGGUCUGCGGCGGUGACGGCAGCUGCAAUUCUGCCGAUAUCCUCGCCGGGUUGGACGUAGCUGUCAAGGAUGGCGUCGACAUCCUUUCUCUCUCGCUCGGUGGCCGUUCUACGCCUCUCGACCAAGAUCCCAUCGCCAUCGGUUCAUUCGCGGCGGCAAGGAAGGGCAUCUUUGUCAGCUGUGCUGGCGGCAAUGAUGGACCUGACUACUUCACCCUCUCCAACGAGGCGCCAUGGAUGCUCACUGUUGCAGCAAGCAGCGUCGAUCGAAGCUUCAGGGCCUCCGUGAAGCUUCCCAAUGGGAAGGUAAUCCCCGGAGAGUCUCUCGACCAACCUAGCAACUUCCCUGAGAGCUAUCUUCCCCUAUACUACUCCUCCGAGUCCCCGUCCUGCGCCAUGGAUCCUCCUAAUGAUAGCCAGAGGGGUAGCAUCUGGGUAUGCGAGGUCGAACUCGGCCGCCUUUUACGUGUAGCGGCAUUUGCCAAGUCCCGCGGAGCCAGGGCAUUGAUCUCCAUUUCCUCAAAAACAGAGGGCGCUACCAUCUCGAUUAGGAAGAUGGACUUUCCCGGAGUAGUGCUCACCAUCCAAGAAGGUUCCGACCUCAUAUCGUAUUUGAACUCUGCUUCUAACCCCUCUGCGUCGAUCGUCUUCAACGGGACAGUUCUCGGCGUAUCCCCCGCCCCCGUUGUGGCUUACUUCUCCUCCCGGGGGCCAUCUCAAGCAACACCGGGAAUCCUCAAGCCAGACAUCUCCGGCCCUGGCCUUAACAUCUUCGCAGCCUAUAUUCAUUCCAGUGACACUCCGGAUCAGUACUAUAUUAUAUCUGGCACGUCCAUGGCGACGCCUCACCUCAGCGGUGUCGCCGCGCUCUUAAAGGCCGCACAUCCUACUUGGUCGCCGGCAGCUAUCAAGUCGGCAAUCAUCACCACGGCAGACGCCGACGUCUUUGAUGAGUUACUUAAGCCGGCGCUCUAUUUCGCCAAGGGCGCAGGACACGUUAACCCUAACAAAGCUGCCAAUCCCGGUCUUAUUUACGACAUCACCGACGAUGAUUAUAUCUCCUACAUCUGUGGCAAAUUCGGCGAAGAAGGCGCAAGAAAUAUAGCGCGCAGAGUCGUGGACUGCUCGAAGAUUGUGACCGAAGAGGAGCUCAACUACCCAUCGAUUUUGCUAGCCCCCAAAGGCAGGACGGAGGCUAAAGUGACCCGGACGGUCACGAACGUCGGACCAGCAAAAUCGAGCUACACGGUGUCAGUGAGCAUAUCGAAGACUGCUGUGUCGACUACUGUCACCCCCACUAAAUUGACGUUCACUGAGCUAAACGAGCAGAAGUCAUUCACUGUGAGCGCAAAAUGGGGUGUCGGCGGACCUCCCACUUCCGGCAAUCAAUUAGUGGAGGGAAAGUUGACUUGGACCUCCGAUGAUGGUAAGUAUGUGGUGACCAGCCCAUUUGUCGUCUCCGCCCUGGAGUGAUGUAGUGCAAGCUCAUUUUGUCUUCUUCCUUACAAAUAUUAUUAUUCCUGGUUAGUAAGAAGAAUGUAUGAAUGAAUAAAUCAG